AUGAAUGCCCACCCCAAAGAGAUGGUGCCCCUUAUGGGCAGAAGAGGAGCCAUUCCCAGUGGGAACCCUGCAGUUCUGCCAGAGAAGAGGCCAGCGGAGGUCACACCCACCAAGAAGAGUGCACACUUCUUCCUGGAGAUAGAAGGAUUCGAGCCCAAUCCCACCGUCGCCAAGACCUCUCCCCCCGUCUUCUCCAAGCCCAUGGACUCCAACAUCCGGCAGUGCGUCUCUGGCAACUGUGAUGACAUGGACUCCCCUCAGUCUCCUCAGGAUGACGUGACAGAGACCCCAUCCAAUCCCAAUAGCCCAAGUGCAAACCUGGCCAAGGAAGAGCAGAGGCGGAAGAAGAAGCGGCUGAAGAAGCGCAUCUUUGCUGCGGUGUCCGAGGGCUACGUGGAGGAGCUGGUGGAGCUGCUGGUGGAGCUGCAGGAACUUUGCAAGCGGCGCCGUGGCCUGGACGUGUCUGACUUCCUCAUGCACAAGCUGACGGCCUCAGACACGGGGAAGACCUGCCUGAUGAAGGCCUUGCUAAACAUCAAUCCCAACACCAAGGAGAUUGUGCGGGUCCUGCUCGCCUUUGCUGAAGAGCACGACAUCCUGGACAGGUUCCUCAAUGCCGAGUACACAGAGGAGGCCUACGAAGGGCAGACGGCGCUCAACAUCGCCAUCGAGCGGGGGCAGGGAGACAUCACCGCGGUGCUCAUAGCGGCCGGCGCCGACGUCAACGCGCAUGCCAAGGGCGUCUUCUUCAACCCCAAGUCCCAGCACGAAGGCUUUUACUUCGGGGAGACCCCCCUGGCCCUGGCGGCCUGCACCAACCAGCCCGAGAUUGUGCAGCUGCUGAUGGAGAAUGAGCAGACCGACAUCACCUCGCAGGACUCCCGGGGAAACAACAUCCUGCAUGCGCUGGUGACCGUGGCCGAGGACUUCAAGACGCAGAAUGACUUUGUCAAGCACAUGUAUGACAUGAUCCUGCUGAGGAGCGGCAACUGGGAGCUGGAGACCAUGCGCAACAAGGAUGGCCUCACGCCGCUGCAGCUGGCAGCCAAGAUGGGCAAGGCCGAGAUCCUGAAGUACAUCCUCAGUCGUGAGAUCAAGGAGAAGCCACUCCGGAGUCUGUCUAGGAAGUUUACCGACUGGGCGUAUGGGCCCGUGUCGUCCUCGCUGUACGACCUCACCAAUGUGGACACCACGACGGACAACUCAGUGCUGGAAAUCAUUGUCUACAACACCAACAUCGACAACCGGCAUGAGAUGCUGACCCUGGAGCCUCUGCACACGCUGCUGCAUAUGAAGUGGAAGAAAUUUGCCAAGUACAUGUUCUUCCUGUCCUUCUGCUUUUAUUUCUUCUACAACAUCACCCUGACCCUCGUCUCUUACUACCGUCCCCGGGAGCAGGAGGCCCUCCCACACCCCCUGGCCCUGACGCACAAGAUGGGGUGGCUGCAGCUCUUAGGGAGGAUGUUCGUGCUCAUCUGGGCCAUGUGUAUCUCUGUGAAAGAGGUGGGUUUUUUUUUGCUGAGGCCCUCGGACCUGCAGUCCAUCCUCUCAGAUGCCUGGUUUCACUUCGUCUUUUUUAUCCAAGCUGUGCUUGUGAUACUGUCUGUCUUCUUGUACUUGUUUGCCUACAAAGAGUACCUCGCCUGCCUCGUGCUGGCCAUGGCCCUGGGCUGGGCGAACAUGCUCUACUACACGCGAGGGUUCCAGUCCAUGGGCAUGUACAGCGUCAUGAUCCAGAAGGUCAUUUUGCAUGAUGUCCUGAAGUUCCUGUUUGUAUAUAUUGUGUUCUUACUUGGAUUUGGAGUAGCCCUGGCCUCGCUGAUCGAGAAGUGUGCUGAGGACAACAAGGACUGCACCUCUUAUGGCAGCUUCAGUGACGCCGUGCUGGAACUCUUCAAGCUCACCAUAGGGCUUGGCGACCUGAACAUCCAGCAGAACUCCAAGUACCCCAUCCUCUUCCUGUUCCUGCUCAUCACCUAUGUCAUCCUUACCUUCGUUCUCCUCCUCAACAUGCUCAUUGCCCUCAUGGGAGAGACCGUGGAGAACGUCUCCAAGGAGAGUGAGCGGAUCUGGCGUCUACAGAGAGCCAGAACCAUCUUGGAGUUUGAGAAAAUGUUACCAGAAUGGCUGAGGAGCAGAUUCCGGAUGGGAGAGCUGUGUAAAGUGGCAGAGGAAGAUUUUCGACUGUGCCUGCGGAUCAACGAGGUGAAGUGGACUGAAUGGAAAACUCACGUUUCCUUCCUGAAUGAAGACCCAGGGCCUGUGAGACGGACAGCAGAUUUUAACAAAAUCCAGGAUUCGUCUAGGAGCAACAGCAAAACCACUCUCAAUGCAUUUGAUGAAAUAGAAGAAUUUCCGGAAACUUCGGUAUAGAAGCAGAGCCCAGAGCUGAUGUGUACAUGGGCUGUUUGAUGCUGCAAGCUGAGUCCCAGACUCCAUGCUUAGGGACUGUGUAGAGUGGCGGACCCUGGCUCUGCUGGCCUGGAAGCCAACAACACCCUCAUGCCGAGCUGGUGACUGAACUGAGGGGCAGGUUUCGGUUUGUCAGAGUGGGAAACACCCCUGAUUUUGUUACUCAGCAAACCCAAGGCCAGCAGUCCUGUCCUGAGCCUGGGUGUCUCCUGUUGUCCUGGGUGAAGGCCCUGGUUUUACCAACUGUAGGUCUGCUUGGAGAGAUGGUGGCAGGUGUCUGAGGAACAGGGAGAUGCCCGCCCUUCCGACAUUUUCUUCUCAGCCCCCACCCCAGCCUACAUAUUCUGUCACCUCCUCCAUUUUGACUGGGUCACCUGAAUUUGUGGGAGACCUGAUCCCCUUCCAGAUUGUGCAGGGAACUGAACUGAGCCGGAUAUUCUGGGGGAGGAGAGGAGUGAGUUAUGGAAAUGCCUUUCUGGGACUUUCAGGAAACCACCCUUGGAAUGAAACCCAAGGCUCACACUAUCUCAAACUGUGAGAUGUUUUUAGUGGCGUAAUUAACACAGAGUUUUCAUUUUCAAUAUAGAAAAGACAUUUCAGUUUUGAAUGAAAAUUACUUCAGUUGAAGUACAUGAUUUUAAAAGCUGAGACAUAGGUUUUGGGCUUUGGGGUUGGAUGUAAGUAUUAUAUACUUGGCCCCAGGGUGGCCAGAGCAAGGACAAAAAGCUUUUCUUCACACACACAAAAGUCCACAUGAGACAGCCAGCAGGUCCUGCCGGGGCCGCUGCGAUCUGGGUGAAAGGGCUUGGCUACGUUCCUGUCCUGCCUCGCAACAGCACAUGCCUGCGAGCGGGGAUCGUAGCUUCAUCUGAAGCCGAAAUAGCAGCUGCUCUAUUUAUGUGGUCUUAGGUCUCAGAGGUUACUAGUACAUACAUCAGUAUUUCUCAUGGGGGGAACUUAACAAAAUACCUGAAGUGCUUUGGUGUUAAGUAAAACAUUUUGUUAACUGUGAAUUUUGAAGUUGGAGGGGAAGGCUUGUGAGAGUGAAGCAUUUGCCAAACUUAGGCCUUAUUUUUAGAUCCUUAUCCUCUGAGUUUUUUCUUCCCUCCGAUUACACAGAGUCAGUUUGGGGGCAGAGGUGAAGUGACCAGGGCCUAAACAGCCAGAAAAUCCACUCUGCCUCCAUUAUCUGGUAAAAGGAGUCAGUGGGAAUGUUUGAGGUAGAAGUAUAAAGGGGUAACCAUGAGUUUUAACUUUAAAUGGCACAGAAAGAUGUUGGUCUUUAGAUAGUUUGGCAAUGGACUAAUUAAUCUGACUUGAGGAAGUAUGGGGUCCAAGCCAAACAAUCUACUCUGGACUGGUUUCUCUGCUCUGGGCCACUCUGAGUGCCAGCUUAGCCUGGCCCCAGGAACUUGGCAUGUGUGCCCCCGUUGGGCUGGUUAGGCAGAGGUGGGAUGAGAGGACACAUUAUUGAAGUUUCACAGUCUGCCGCAGCCCCUGUUCUCCUAGAUGACUCGAGGAGUCAACUAGUACUCUAAGCUAUGACGGUCAGACCAGCGGAGACAUGAGCAGCGGACCAGGGACUAGGCAUAUGUCUCUGGGGAAGAGAAGAUUUGAGGAGGACUGUCAUGGGGACAGGAAGAAGAGAUGUGUUCUAGAUGGGCAGAACUAAUAAAGGUAGAGAAAGAUUUGGAUUCAAUUCCAUCCAGCAGCUGCUCCAGAUAUUGGAGAUAUCUAAAGAGAAGCUUGGUUGAGCUCUUAUUAGGGAUGUUGAAAAUGGUGUGGAUGACUUCAAGGGCCCUUUUAGUCUGGAAAGUCUACAAAUUAGCAUUUGCUAUCUGGAGUCACUUCCUUACAUUUAACCUGACUGGUUUGAAGUAUAGUCAUUUGGAUCCAUGGUGCCAAGUUCUAAACUGUGAAGCUAGGAAUUCCAGAAUUGCUUCGACUUGGAUAUUAAUAGACAAAACCAUACAGAGCUUUGUUUUC